GCUAAACUCUGCUCCCAUGCAAUGCAAUGUCACAGAAGGUGGAGCCUUACACCCAAACUCAAAACACUGGCUGGAGUGAGGGCAGAGACAGACUGCAACAAUACUUCUUGCUUUUCCUCUCUCUGAUUUGCGCUCUCACAUGGUACUCUACAAUCUAUCAUACUGACUUUGCUGCAGCCCAUUGGUAGAGGCAGAAGACGUGUACGGUGUAACAUCUGUGGGGUGAAGAUGAAUUGCACAAGAGUUCUUCAUGCUUUUAGUCAUCCUCAGUCUGCUGUAACACCAGUGGACCUGGCUAAGUGUCUGGGCCUGAGUCAGCAUCAGCCUCUUUAUCAGCUACUGUCUAUUCCUCCUUUCAAGCCCACACAGCAUUGUUCUUUGCCAAAAGACUAUUAUCGAAGAGCCACCCUUCCGUCUACUCAGCUCUCCUCCUCAUCCUCAUCACUCCCCUUGUCUCGUGUGCCUUCAAAACUGCGGAGCUGUUUCCGGAGGACCAGCAGCGGCCUGAGCAAGAAACGUGUGGUGUUUGCAGACGCCAGAGGAUUGGCACUCACUGCUGUUCACCUCUUCACCCCUGAGCCAUCCUCCUUCACUGCUGCCCCACUGAAGGGAAAUACACCGGCCCAACUCGAAGGCCAACAGUCGGCUUUGCACAAAAUGCUGCGUCACAAGUUGCAGCUGGGUUUCCCUCCUCCCUCACUGGACGUUAAAUCCUUUCUUGCACAUCUGCGGGAGAGUAAUGUGCUGCUGGAGAGCUGUAGUGUUUUAGAGCACAACCUGACUGGCAAAGUAUGUGUCUCACACAUGAGCACUAAACAAACUGUACAUAUAAGGGUGACUUUUGACUCUUGGAGGAGUCAUCAUGACAUUCCUUGCAUGUUCUUGCAGCAUCAGAACUGCGGUGGUUUGGAGGUGGAUGUUUUUUCCUUUGACAUAAGCUUACCCCCAAACACAGAUCCAAAGGAGCGAACUGAGUUUUGCAUCUGCUUGAGGCCAGGACCUGGCUCUACACCCUACUGGGAUGACAACAGGGGGCAGAAUUACAGAGUGUGCAUGGAAAAAGGCGGAUCAAGUGCUAGCCAAGGCAACACUAGCCAUUGUUAUCCCACACUUUCAAAGCUCCAGCCACAUGCUUGGCCACACACAUCUGCUUGUGUGCAGAACACUGCUGAUCUUCAGUAUCUUCAGAGGUAUUUGUCAAGCAGGUGCAGAGAGUGGAAAGACCUGUGUUCAGCUAAGUAGACCAGUGAAUUUCAUGUCAUGUAAAGCUUCUCAGACCUAUUAGUUAUGUCUUUUUUUUAACAUUUGGGAGAGUUUUAGGGAAACAUGAACUUAUAAAAUCCUCUUUAUUGGGUGAUUUUAAGCAUAACUCGCAUUGUUAAGUCAAACUAUCCCACUGAAAUGUGAAUAACAUUCUGAUUAAAUUAUGAUAUUAAAAGUUGUAUGUUUAUAAAUGUUGUGCUGAAGUGAAAUCCCAUUUUUUUUGCAGCUAUAGCUUUUAUUUACAGCUACUUAACAAUUUUCUCCAAGCAUGAAAACAAUGAGUGUAGAUCAUCUGUAUUCACACAGCUGUUCUACUUACAGGAAUGUUCCCAGUGUCUGUGUUUACUUUGGCUACACUAUGCAUACCAGACAGAUGUAAUCAACAAGGUAAAAGGAUCUCCUGAGCAAUGUAGCACACAUAGUGUAAUAGAACAGUCUGUUCAAGACACUCCCCUCACAUUACAGGAAAGGAACACAACACUCUGGGAAUUACUUCUUGUUACUUCUUGUACUGUACACGACUGGUUUGGCAAAGCCCACAUAACCACAGCAGCAUCCGGGCCAGCGUGUUCUUUAGUUUAUAUGCGUGGGCUUGUUUACAUACAAGGGUGGAGUCAUCGUUGGAAACUAUAGCAACCACACUGGGGAACUGGCUGUCACAGCUUCUCAGAUUCCAUUCCUUCUUAGUCACCUCUCCACACGUUUGUUCUUCACGUUUUUUUCCCCCUCGGGGUAUUGCCACCCCUUCACCUUUGGGAACUGUUACAGUUGGGAUGUUGCACGUGAGCUGUUCUCACGUGGAUUUACACACCCUGUGCCCAAUUACACUGUAUUACUUAUUUAGUUCAACAAUGUGGGGGUGGUGUUCCAUGUUGGCAAUAAAGCUGAAAAAAAAAAAAUACAAAUUCAGGUCUCAAAUGCAGUCUGUCAUUCUUGAAACUUAAAA